AAACUGUUUGUUGUAACAUUUUGUUGGAUCUAAAGGACUGGUAAAUUCAAAUUUUUUGCUGGAACUCUUUGAUCAAGCAGAAAACUUUGGUCACCAUAUGUUUGCCUGUCGAAACUUUAAAAGAACAAGAUUUGGAUAACUAGAUUUGUGAUGUAUCACCCCCACCACCUACCAGCUCAUGGCCAAGUUCAGAGUCAUCAGCAUAGAGAAGAUGCUGCUGCUACAUCCAGUAGGGAUGUUAAUGGUGGAUUAUCUGUAACAGAAUCUGCCAUUGCUUCAUUUAGGUCGCUCCGAGAAAAAUAUCCGCCGAAAAAAUUGACAAGGGAUGCGAUGCGACGAUAUUUAAAAGAUCCAAACGACCAAACCCUGAUUGUGCUUCACGCAAAAGUUGCGCAGAAAUCAUACGGAAACGAAAAACGUUUCUUCUGCCCACCACCAUGUAUGUACCUGCUAGGCAACGGAUGGAAGAGGAAGCAGCAGAUCCUUGAAGAGGAGGAGGGAUCCUCGGAGGCAGGACAGUUGCACGCUUUCAUCGGGAUCGGAAGUAGCGAGCAAGAGAUGCAGCAACUUCAUCUGGACGGAAAGAACUUCUGCACGGCCAAGACAUUGUACAUAUCGGAUACAGAUAAAAGGAAGCAUUUCAUGCUCAACGUAAAGAUGUUUUUCGGAGGCGGAGGAGCAGAUGUUGGCCAGUUCAGCAGCAAGAGGAUAAAAGUCAUCAGCAAGCCAUCCAAGAAAAAACAAUCACUAAAAAACGCAGACCUUUGCAUAGCAUCCGGCACCAAAGUAGCGCUUUUCAACCGACUCCGCUCACAGACAGUGAGCACAAGGUACCUGCACGUUGAGAAAGGAAACUUUCAUGCCAGCUCAAUUCAGUGGGGGUGCUUCGCCAUUCACUUAUUGGACGACGACGAGUCAGAAUCCGAAGAGUUUUCAGUAGUGGACGGCUACAUACAUUACGGACAAACCGUAAAACUCGUUUGUUCGAACACUGGAAUGGCGCUGCCGAGGCUUAUAAUACGAAAGGUGGACAAGCAAACAGCGAUUCUUGACGCGGACGACCCAGUAUCACAACUACACAAGUGCGCCUUCUACCUAAAAGACACAGAACGGAUGUACCUUUGCCUCUCCCAAGAACGAAUCAUUCAAUUCCAGGCAACCCCGUGUCCAAAAGAAACAAACAAAGAAAUGAUCAACGAUGGUGCUUCAUGGACCAUCAUAUCAACUGAUAAAGCGGAGUACACCUUUUGUGAUGGUAUGGGACCAACAGCUGACCCAGUAACACCUGUACCGAAUGUACAUAGCCUCCAGUUAAACGGCGGAGGAGACGUGGCCAUGCUAGAGGUGAAUGGUGAAUGUUUCACUUCCAACUUGAAGGUGUGGUUCGGUGAAAUCGAGGCCGACACGAUGUUUCGGUGUGCGGAAGGUCUGUUAUGUGUGGUGCCCGACAUCUCUGCUUUCCGGGAAGGCUGGAAGUGGGUUAAGGAAUCUGUACAGGUUCCCAUCAAUCUUGUGCGAAACGACGGAGUGAUCUACCCCACCAACCUCACAUUCACAUUUACCCCUGAGCCUGGACCCAGGCAACACUGUCCCGCAGCUCUCAACAUACUGCACGGUAGUAAGAGGCCGUCAGCAUCCAUGCCCCCGACUCCAGUAUCCGGGUCUGAGGACGACAGUGGUCGCGGAAACGAGUCGGAUCGCGGCGAUCCGAUCAUGCCAAUAAAACGGCCCGCGCUCGAUGUACACGGGAGACCUGUCGCCCCUGAAGCGGCCGCCACCAUGAACGGUGCGAACAUGCUUCGUACUGCAUCGUGACGUCACUCACCCUUCUGUGACGUCACAGAAAACGUGUAAUGAUAUGCGCUGGCGAGCUGCCGAGCGAGGAGCGACGCCAGCCAUGGAAUAAAGCAAGGUACAUCCCUGGUGCAACCGUCCACGUGAAUACAUCCAAACCACGAAAACACGACGAAUAAACUGCGAGUAAUUUACAUGACCAUACAUAACUGUCGAAACUAUUACCGUCCUGCUACAGUUUACUCGACCAGAGUUACUUCGUUUACUGUUAACGUGCAAAAUGGGCUCUUUUUACCUCAAUUGUAACACCGUGCCGCGCAAGACGCAAGGACUUUUAAUCGUAUUCUGUCUCCUGGGAAUCUUUUUUGUAGCUUGGAACACGAGGCCUUUAUGUUAAAGCGUGGCUAGCUUGCCUGGUUGCUGUUUUUCUUCAAUAAAUCGCCGCCUUUACCAGCUUGGGCCACAAAAUACACCCCACCCUCCUACCUCGCUCGAAAUUCAGCGAUGCGAAAUUCUUCUCCUCUCGUGACGUAGCAAGCCGGGAAGUCGAGACCACCAGUUCAACAUUUUAGUUCUUAUUUCUUUCUUCUUGUCUUAUACCACUUUCCGAUUUCAAUAUUUUUAAAAUGUGUCAAUUUUACAGACGCUUAUUUAUAUACUAGCUUGAGCUAAUCGGCAGUGCGACGUCCAACAAUAAACCAAUCAAUUCUACAACC